UCACGUAAACGGUUAACACAAAUCUAAAACCCUCCAUGCUGCGUCGCUUGCCUCGCCAUCGCCAACUCACCUUUCUCAACUCGACCGAGUCAAACCGGUUCAACUCCUUCACCGGCUCAGUUCACCGGUUCAAAUCUCUCCCCGCUAAAUAUUCCGUCGUAAUCCCAAGCGGAACUCUAAACUAUAAAUCAUUCUCAACCACCGGGAGCCGUACGCCGGCGAAAAUGGGCUCAAUUCCGAUGACGGCGUCGGUGCUGGAGGAUUUUGUUCACGUUGAUGGAGGAGGAAGUGCUAAUUCGAGUGUAGAAGGCUCGGAGGCGAGUGUUGAAGAGGUAACUUCGGCGAGUAUAGAAAUGACACCAGGUGAAGGAGAAGGAUAUGAAAGGAAGGUAUUGCCGGAGGAAUUGUCGAGGAGUGUAAUGAAGCUCACUUGUGAAUCUUCUACGGAUGGAGGCAUUUGCGAUGUGUAUGUCGUUGGCACUGCUCACGUUUCUGCGGAAUCCUGCCAAGAAGUUGAAGCAGUGAUCAAUUUCUUGAAACCAGAGGUUGUCUUCUUGGAGUUAUGCUCAGGUCGAGUGGGUGUACUCACACCUCAAGAUUUAAAGGUACCAACGAUGGGAGAAAUGGUGAAGAUGUGGAAGAAAAAUCAAAAUCCAUUUGGGAUACUCUACAGCUGGUUUCUUGCCAAGGUUGCUAGCAAGCUUGAGGUUUUUCCUGGGGCAGAGUUUCGUGUGGCAUAUGAAGAAGCAAUGAAGUACGGUGGGAAAGUGAUUCUUGGUGACCGUCCUGUACAAGUGACAUUACGAAGAACAUGGGCAAAAAUGCCACUUUGGCACAAGACAAAAUUGUUAUACUCUUUGUUGUUCCAAGCAGUGUUUUUACCGAAGCCUGGAGAUCUCGUCAAAAUGUUGAAGAAAAUGGAUGAUGUUGACAUGUUGACUCUUGUAAUUCAAGAAAUGAGCAAGCANUGGUUUUGUGAAUUAAAGGUGUUAUGA